ACUUUUGGGGUCUGUUGUAGGCUUAGCUACAGCAUGUCCAAGCCCGUAAGGCCCAUGAGACUGCUAACACUGGGUUAUGUUAAGUCACUUAGCUUCCAGACCUUGGGUUGAAGGUGUCUGUGAAGCCUGUGGAAACUGCUGCUGUUAAAAUCUUCAAUCUGGCUGGGGAUGUGGCUCAAGAUAGUGCUGCAUGGUGGCCUGGCUUGCGUUCUUCAUAUAUUAAAAAUUUGGUAGCCCAGCACAAUGAGAGCUCAGAGGGGACUCAUCUUACUCCUGCUGCUUCUGGCUGUGUUCUGUUCCACAGCUGUUAGCCUCACAUGCUACCACUGUUUCCAACCGGUGGUUUCUUCAUGCAAUAUGAACAGCACUUGCUCUCCUGACCAGGAUUCCUGUCUCUAUGCUGUAGCCGGAAUGCAAGUGUAUCAAAGGUGUUGGAAACAAUCAGAUUGUCAUGGUGAGAUCAUUAUGGACCAAUUAGAAGAGACAAAAUUAAAAUUCAGAUGCUGCCAGUUUAACUUGUGUAACAAAAGUGACGGAUCCUUGGGGAAGACACCAUUGCUGGGGACCUCGGUUCUGGUGGCCAUUUUGAAUCUUUGUUUCUUAAGUCAUCUCUAAGUCCUAGAUGCCUCCUCUCUCUCUCUCUCUCUCUCUCUCUCUCUCUUUUCCUGCUGCUGCAGUAGUCUAAAGCUUUUAUUAUUUUCCAUCUGUAUUAAUUUAGGAAAGAAUAAAGUUCACUUGAACAUCUUGGACAAGAGGGAGGAGUUUAAGCAGUGUGGAAGAGCACCAUGCACACCAGGAGAGCCCACUUGCAGUUGCAGAGUGAAGGCGGAGGGUAGAACACCUAUAGGUUAUAUAAUCUUCCUUUGCCUGACUUUAAGAUUCAGGUUAAGUGAGUUCCUGGCAACCCUCAGGGAUAGCUCUCUGGUUCCUGCAAUGUAGCUGAGGAGUGAGAUCAGACCUUUAGGAGUGAGUGGGCCAGGAGGAUUCUCUUUACCACUCUGACACGCUCAAAAUGCUUUCAUAAUCUUCACAGGCCCUGAGCUGGUGUGUGAAUGUUCCAGUUGUGAGCUGUCAGUUAGGGGCAGUGACUGUUCACUUGCUUAAAAAAACAAAAGCAAACCCAACCAACCAACCAACCAACCAACCAACCAGUGCUGGCCAUGAAGCCCAGAUCUUGGCUUGUAGGCGAGUGCUUUACCCUUAAGCCCCAGCCCCAGCUCAAGCAGUGAAUGAACCGCUGUGCUUUCAGCUUUAGAAAAUGUAGGGAAAUGAAACAAGCUCUGAACCCCAUGUGAUGGUACUUGCUUCCUUUGCUUAGUAUCUCAGUACUCAGGAGGCAGAGGCAGGAGGAUGGCCAGAAAUUGAAGGUGGUUUCCAGGCCACCUAAAACUAUAUAGUAAGAGCUUGCCUCAAAUAAAAAAAAAAAAAAAAAAAAAAAGGGAAAGAAAAAAAAAGAAAAAACCAGGUGGGUGUUGGUGCAGUUUUAAUCCCAGCACUCGGGAAGUAGAAGCAGGCCUAUGCUGUGAGGUGGAAGCCAGCCAGUUCUAGGACAGCCAAGGACACACAGAGAAACCCGCCUCUAAAUAAAUAAAUGGAAAAGAAAAACCUCAGAACAAAAGCAAAACAAAAAAGAAAGGAAACACACAAAAGUCUGUCUGUUCUUAUAGAAGUACUGGCGGCCACAACUUGGAUGUCCCACAUCUCUGAAUAUUGCCUGGGCUCUGCUAGCUUUUACUAGAAAAAUGUAAUUACCAAAAAUAAUUAAUUAAAGUUAUUUGAUCUGGAAAAAGCAGAUUAUCUUGACUCUCUUCCACAUGUUGGAAUAAUACACACUAUUCUAGAUUA